UCUAUCUAGCAUAUACUGGCAUAGAUAGAUGAAUACUGGCAUAUAUACAGUUGAAGUCGGAAGUUAACAUACACUUAGGUUAGAGUCAUUAAAACUCGUUUUUCAACCACUCCACAAAUUACUUGUUAACAAACUAUAGUUUUGGCAAGUCGGUUAGUACGUCUACUUUGUGCAUGACACAAGUCAUUUUUCCAACAAUUGUUUACAGACAGAUUAUUUCACUUAUAAUUCACUGUAUCACAAAUUCCAGUGGGUCAGAAGUUUACAUACACUAAGUUGACUGUGCCUUUAAGAGCUUGUAAUAAAAGGUGCAAUAAAAGGACGGAGACGGUGUGUUAAUAGUGUUUAAUUAAGGUGCUAUAAGGGUACAGAGACUGGAGACAAUGUGUUAAAACCUCUUAUGGAUCAAAUCCCGUUAACGGGAUAGAUUUGACAACAUCCGGUGAAAUUGCAGAGCGAGGAAUUCAAAUUACAGAAAUAUAAAUAUUUAACUUUCAUGGAAAAUACAGGUGUCAUACAUCAAAAUAAAGCUUCAUUUCUUGUUAAUCCAGCCGCUGUGUCAGAUUUCAAAAAGGCUUUACGACGAAAGCACACCAUGCGAUUAUCUGAGGACAGCGCCCCUCAUACAAAAGCAUGAAAAACAUUUUUCAACCAGGCAGGUGCGCCACAAGUCAGAAAUAGCAAUAUAAUAAAUGCCUUACCUUUUGAACAUCUUCUUCUGUUGGCACUUAAAGGUCCCAGCUACAUCACAAAUGGUCCCUUUGUUCGAUAAAUUCCUUCUUUAUAUCCAUAACUCAGUUUAGCUGGCGUGCUUCAUUCAAUAAUCCACCGGUUUCCCUCCUUCAAAAUGCAUACAAAAUGAAUCCCAAACGUUACCAAUAAACUUCUCCAAACAAGUCAAACAACGUUUAUAAUCAAACCGCAGGUCCCCUAAUACGUAAAUAAACAAUACAAUUUAAGACGGAGAAUCGUUAUUGUCUUUACCGGAGAUAAAUAACAAAGAACGCGCUCUCAUCCACUCGCAUAAACACUACAGCCAAAAUGUAGGCCACUUAGGAAAAACUACAAAUUCUAGCAAAUUUUUCCAAAAACAAGCCUGAAACUCUUUUUGUAAAGACGUGACAUCUAGUGGAAGCCCUAGCAAUUACAAUCUUGGAGGUUUUGGCCUCAUAAUAAACAUGAUAGCCUUUGGAAACAGUGGUAGGCUGAACAUUUCUUUUUUUUGGAUGGUUUGUCCUCGGGGUUUUGCCUGCCAUAUCAGUUCUGUUAUACUCACAGACAUUAUUUUAACAGUUUUAGAAACUUUAGAGUGUGUUUUCUAUCCAAAUCUACCAAUUAUAUGCAUAUCCUAGCUUCUAGGCUUGAGUAACAGGCAGUUUACUUUGGGCAUGCUUUUCAUCCGGACGUCAAAAUACUGCCCCCUAGCCCAAAGAGGUUAAACAGCUUGGACAAUUCCAGAAAAUUGUCAUGGCUUUAGAAGCUUCUGAUAGGCUAUUUGACAUAAUUUGAGUCAAUUGGAGAUCAUUUGAGUCAAUUGGAGGUGUACCUGGCCUAACUUAAGGCCUAACUUCAAACUCAGUGCCUCUUUUUUUUUUUGUUGACAUCAUGGGAAAAUCAGAAGAAAUUGUAGACCUCCAGAAGUGUGGUUCAUCCUUGGGAGCAAUUUCCAAACGCCUGAAGGUACCACGUUCAUCUGUACAAACAAUAGUACGCAAGUAUAAACACCAUGGGACCACGCAGCCAUCAUACUGCUCAGGAAGGAGACACGUUCUGUCUCCUAGAUAUGAACCUACUUUGGUGCGAAAAGUGCAAAUCAAUCCCAGAACAACAGCAAAGGACCUUGUGAAGAUGCUGGAGGAAACAGGUACAAAAGUAUCUAUAUCCACAGUAAAAAGAGUCCUAUAUCAACAUAACCUGAAAGGCCAACUCAACAAGAAAGAAGCCACUGCUCCAAAACCGCCAUAAAAAAGCCAGACUACAGUUUGCAACUGUACAUGGGGACAAAGAUCGUACUCUUUGGAGAAAUGUUCUCUGGUCUGAUGAAACAAAAUUAGAACUGUUUGGCCAUAAUGACCAUCGUUAUGUUUCGAGAAAAAGGGGGGAGGCUGCAUCAUGUUGUGGGGGUGCUUUGCUGCAGGAGGGACUGGUGCACUUCACAAAAUAGAUGGCAUCGUGAGGAAGGACAAUUAUGUUGAUAUAUUGAAGCAACAUCUCAAGACAUCAGUCAGGAAGUUAAAGCUUGGUCGCAAAUGGGUGUUCCAAAUGGACAAUGACCCCAAACAUACUUCCAAAGUUGUGGCAAAAUGGCUUAAGGACAAGAAAGUCAAGGUAUUGGAUUGGCCAUCACAAAGCCCUGACCUCAAUCCCAUAGAAAAUUAGUGGGCAGAACUGAAAUAGCGUGUGCAAGCAAGGAGGCCUACAAACCUGACUCAGUUACACCAGCUUUGUCAGGAGGAAUGGGCCAAUCUUCAACUUAUUGUAGGAAGCUUGUGGAAGGCUACCAAAAUGUUUGACCCAAGUUAAACAAUUUAAGGGCAAUGCUACCAAAUACUAAUUGAGUGUGUGUAAACUGCUGACCCACUGGGAAUGUGAUGAAAGAAAUACAAGCUGAAAUAAAUCAUUCUCUCUACUAUUACUCUGACAUUACACAUUCUUAAAAUAAAGUGGUCAUCCUAACUGACCUAAGACAGGGAAUUUUUACUAGGACUAAAUGUAAGGAAAUGUGAAAAACUGAGUUUAAAUGUAUUUGGCUAAACUUCCGACAUCAUCUGUAUAUACUACAGCUAGCCUACCAGCAGAACAUCCUGGCUGCUCCGACUACAGCUAGCCUACCGGCAGAACAUCCUGGCUGCUCUGACUAUAGCUAGCCUACCGGCAGAACAUCCUGGCUGCCCUGACUACAGCUAGCCUACCGGCAGAACAUCCUGGCUGCUCUGACUACAGCUAGCCUACCGGCAGAACAUCCUGGCUGCUCUGACUACAGCUAGCCUACCGGCAGAACAUCCUGGCUGCUCCGACUACAGCUAGCCUACCGGCAGAACAUCCUGGCUGCUCUGACUACAGCUAGCCUACCGGCAGAACAUCCUGGCUGCUCCGACUACAGCUAGCCUACCGGCAGAACAUCCUGGCUGCUCCGAUUACAGCUAGCCUACCGGCAGAACAUCCUGGCUGCUCCGACUACAGCUAGCCUACCGGCAGAACAUCCUGGCCGCUCUGACUAUAGCUAGCCUACCAGCAGAACAUCCUGGCUGCUCUGACUAUAGCUAGCCUACCAGCAGAACAUCCUGGCUGCCCUGACCACAGCUAGCCUACCAGCAGAACAUCCUGGCUGCCCUGACUACAGCUAGCCUACCAGCAGAACAUCCUGGCUGCCCUGACUAUAGCUAGCCUACCAGCGGAACAUCCUGGCUGCUCUGACUACAGCUAGCCUACCAGCAGAACAUCCUGGCUGCUCUGACUAUAGCUAGCCUACCAGCAGAACAUCCUGGCUGCUCUGACUACAGCUAGCCUACCAGCAGAACAUCCUGGCUGCUCCGACUAUAGCUAGCCUACCAGCAGAACAUCCUGGCUGCUCUGACUACAGCUAGCCUACCAGCAGAACAUCCUGGCUGCUCCGACUAUAGCUAGCCUACCAGCAGAACAUCCUGGCUGCUCUGACUACAGCUAGCCUACCAGCAGAACAUCCUGGCUGCUCCGACUAUAGCUAGCCUACCAGCAGAACAUCCUGGCUGCUCUGACUACAGCUAGCCUACCAGCAGAACAUCCUGGCUGCUCUGACUACAGCUAGCCUACCAGCAGAACAUCCUGGCUGCUCUGACUAUAGCUAGCCUAUCAGCAGAACAUCCUGGCUGCUCCGACUACAGCUAGCCUACCGGCAGAACAUCCUGGCUGCUCCGACUACAGCUAGCCUACCGGCAGAACAUCCUGGCUGCUCUGACUACAGCUAGCCUACCGGCAGAACAUCCUGGCUGCUCUGACUACAGCUAGCCUACCGGCAGAACAUCCUGGCUGCUCUGACUACAGCUAGCCUAUCAGCAGAACAUCCUGGCUGCUCUGACUACAGCUAGCCUACCAGCAGAACAGCAGUAUCUCUGCUUUGUUGUUUUCUGGACUAGCCUACUGGAUGACCAACAGAACCGAUUGAGGAAAUAAAAUAAAUGACAACAAUGUUCUCUUCUUUUCCUCCCCCACAGUUACAUUGCAAGCUAUUUGCAAAGAUGGGGGACGACCGGCCUUUCGUGUGCAGCGCUCCCGGCUGUGGACAGAGGUUUACCAACGAGGACCACCUGGCUGUACACAAACACAAGCAUGAGAUGAGUCUAAAGUUUGGCCCUGCCAGGACAGACUCUGUCAUUAUCCAAGACCAGACCCCUACUCCCACUCGCUUCCUGAAGAACUGUGAGGAGGUGGGGCUGUUCAACGAGCUGGCUAGCUCCUUCGCUGAGGAGUUCAGGAAGGCCCAGGAGGAUGACGACAAGCGGGCCAAGAACCCUCUGCCUGCCCCCCACAGAGAGGUGGCCCUACACAUGAGCCUGCAGACACCGUCAGCAGAAGCCAUGAGGGUGAAGGAGGAAAAGCCUGUGGAGGUUGACUCUUCCCCGCCAGGAAGUCCUGAUUCCUUCUCCAGCAUGUCAGACAGCAGCAGGGAUGCCAUGGACACUCCCCCGAGAUCAGUGCUGAGUUCUGCCCCCACCAUCAUGAGGCACGGUGCCCUCCCUAUGCGUCCCAGACCAGGCUCUCUGCCCCUCCACUUAGGCUUUGACGCCCUGCAGCCCACCAUGCCUUCACCCACCUCCGUCAUCACACCCACCCCACCCUCCAACCGCACCCUGCUGGGCUCUCCCACUGGCCACUACCCCGUGAUGAUGCACCUUACCAAUGGGCUCCUGCCUGGUCCUAUGCAGAUACCCUCUGUCAUUUCUCUGGCCCGGCCCAUGCACAUGGUGCCCAACAUUCCCGGCAUCCCUGGUCCUCCUCUGGGAGGCGGCAGCAGCGGCUCCCACUCCACGUACACCACACACUCUGAGGCCAAGAUGAGGCUGAAGGCAGCACUAGCACAGCAGAGUUUAGGGGGUCAGAUGGGGGGUGUGGCCGGCAGCCCCAUCCACCCCCAGAGAAUGGAGCAGAGCCAGCUAUUGGUGCAGCACCCAGACGCACCCUCCCCCGCACAGCCACAGGUGUCUCCGGCUCAGCCUACCGGUGGACGGCGGCGGCGUGCGGUGGGGAACGACCCGGACGAUAGACGACAGCGUUUCCUGGAGCGGAACCGGGCAGCCGCCUCACGCUGCCGACAGAAACGCAAAGUCUGGGUCAACUCCCUGGAGAAGAAGGCCGAGGAGCUCUCCUCCAUGAACGUCUCCCUGGCGAAUGAGGUGUCUCUACUGAGGAACGAGGUGGCUCAUCUCAAACAGCUGCUGCUGGCUCAUAAGGACUGCCCUGUCACCACUCUACAGAAGAGCAUGGGAGAAGACAGCAUAAUGAAAGACGUGUCGGAGCCCACCGGCUCCCCAGCACCCGUCAUCCAGCACAGCUCCCUGCCCAGUCCCUCUCCUUCCUCGGGCCCCAAUGGGAUAAGUAUCCGGGCGGCCGCCGAGGCCAUGUCAGUGCUGGCUAGGAUGGGUCAACACCAGCAGCACCAGCAGAGGAGAGAAGAGAGGGAUGGAGGGAGAGAUGUGAGGGAUGGACCCUCCUCCCACGUCAUCAUGGCCACACAUUGGCACCACUCUGCCAGAUGAUGAGCGUAUCACACACCACAGCCCGGGACUGUACGGCUCACACAGCACCAGGCACCACCCUACACGGGCAGGAGGAGAGCACAGGAGAGGGUAGAGGAGGAAGAGAGCAACUCAAAAAAAGUCACACCUUCCUAGUCAAAUAAACCUUCUCAGGUGAGCAGAGGAGUAGUUACAUGAUACAAUCCUCCCUCCUCUACUCUCUGCCCGUGCUGUGGCGGACAUUUUUGUGUCAGCCACUUUUGUGUCAGGCCUGGAGCCUUGCUGGAGCUCAGCAACAACAGCCUUCUGGGAAUGGACCGGGACGAUAGAAGAGGAAGAGCUUCCUGUUCUGUUCAAUAUGCCAUAUAUAGACUACAUAUAGGGGCUGGACUCAACUCCCCUCAAGCCAUCCUCAAGCCCUUAUGAACUUCACUGGACUGUAGGACUGCAUAGCAUCGUCCCGAGUGUCGUAACUGUCAUUGUGAUAAACUUGGACACUCAGACUCUAACACACAGUAACACACAGAUACCAGACACAUAUACUCAGCGUAAACAUUGAAUUGAUUCAUGUUUGUUGUUUAUCAAGUGAUAUACCAAAGCCCUGAUCACUGCAGGGGUCCGUACUAUUGUAACAGGCGGUUGUGGCCUUGCUCUCCUGCACAUGUUGACACGUUUUAUUCACACACAAAAAUGGGUUUUAAUGAUUGAAGCUCCAACUCCAUAGAUGCAAUAGUUUUGUAUACUCUAAAAUAUUUUCAAUUUGGUCUGUUGAAUCCCUAGCAGUUUUGUAAGCAAUUACAUUUCGAGUAUCUGUCGCAGUUGUUCACGAAAAAGCUUGACCUCAUUUUUAGCCCUGUAUGAUACAUUUUAUAUAGCGUGUGUGUGUGUGUGGGGUGUGUGUAUGUACAUCAAUGUAUGUACAUCAAGCAGUUUGUUUAUUCAAGGUCUGAUAAAACAAGAUCUGAUUUGGUAGCAUUUGACUUCUUGUUAUAUUAGCGUCUUUGUUGUAUUCCUGUGCAGCUUUCUUUUACAACUUUAGCGGCACAUUACUAUUUGCAGCUUGGGACAUAGAGAACCAAAUUAUCUUUUGUGUGACAGAAACAGAAAGCUAAAAAUAAUGUAUUUAGUGUACACUCAUUUACAAAUGAUUUAUACACUUAAGUGUUUUUCAAAGAAAGGCUUUUCACUUUUAGCUUCAGAAUCUCUUUGGGACUGCAUCUGACUAAACAAAUCCAACCUCCUCUCCUCUGUCUAACCAUUUGCUCUUUCCCAUGCAAUUUUUGUAUUUAUUUGUUUCUAAAUGUAUGUCAUUACCAUCGUUUAUGAAAUCUUAUCUGAUAGAAAGCUUUUUCUAACUGGCCUUUGUAACCCUCGUCUGUUUCCUGAACCUUCUCGGUGUGGUGCUUCAUCCUUGCUGCUUUCUGGAGCGUGAUUGGCUGCUCUUAAGUCUCCAGGGUCGCGUUCAUUAGGUACCAAACAGGACAAAACGGACUGAAAUAACAAGGCAUGUGCUCAUUUUCAUUUGCCGUUGCAAAACGUUAUGAAACGUUUACCAUUGAGUGCACUAAUGAACACAAACCUGUCUGGUCUUUACUAAUGACUCUAUCCAAAACAAAGCCAUGUUACUCUUUAGCCGAGCGUGUAUGUGUGUGUUUUUACAGACAGCACUGACACAUCUGGACUCAGACAGAGACACACACUCAGACAGAGACACACACUGUUUGAAAACGAUUUUGCCUUAAAGAAUCACUUUCGUGCCUCCGACAUCCUCCUCAAAGAUUGGGUUGCAUGAAAAAACCUUAUGGGUCUGCCUUAGGAAGAAAAAAAGUUUAAAAAAAAUUAAAGGCCAUUAGCAAUGGGUAACAACUGAUUAGCUUUUUUUGCACGGUGAGAAUUUUUCGUAUUGUAGAUGCCUUAAAAAAAAAAUCAGGAGUAAAAUGUCACCAUGGCGUCUCACCACAUUAUCAUUGUUGUGUGUUGUACACUGCCAUCUAGUGGAGUAAUUUGACCUUCACCUUCUCUCACAAGGAUGGGAAAUGGAACUUUGAGGGAAAUUCUUUCAGAACUCCUAUGGCAGUCUCAGAACAGUUUAAAUUCUUCAGGGAUCUCCCCCCUAUUUAGUUUUAGACAUUUUGUUUUUAGAAAAACAAACCACCUAAACAAGUUAUUAAUCUUGUUGUUUUGUAUUUGUACAGAACUUCCCCCCCACCAUCGAUCUAAUUAUGUGUAACCAUUUGCAGUGUUUAAUCCUGCAGAAAUAACUAGGGUAUCAGUCCCAAAAACAUAAGCGCAUGUCUAAAUGCACUCAAAUAUGCAGGUUUAUCGUUAAUUAUUUGUUUAGUUUUUAAAGUUUUUGUGUCAACUUUGGUUUGUCCUGAAUACAGGUUCUCUUUCAGUAACAUCAAAAGUUUGCUAUUUCUUUUGUCUUGAUAAUGUAUUUUAUACAUAAUGGGAUUGUUUCCGGAUCCAGAUUAAGCUUAGUUCUACACUAAAAAGCAUGUUCAAUGGAGAUACUUCUUAGUCCAGCUAGAUUCAAUCUGUGUUCAGGAAACUGGCCCAACAAGGAUUGCUACUCAGUAACUACUGACACAUCUCACAUGACUGAACCGCUUUCUACUACAGUCCCAAUAGUAAACCCUAUUCCCGAUUUUAUUACACUACUUUUGACCAGGGCUCUGUACUAUAUAGGGAAUAGGGUGCGAUUUGGUAUGCUACCCUACAGUGACCGUCCCAAUGGUGACCCUGUCAGGCGUUGUGUAGUACUCUGAGCUGGCACUAGCUAGCUGUCCCUUUUAUAAAUAGACGAUUGUUCAUAUGAAAUGGAAAAAAACUCAACUUUAUUUAGCUUUCAUGUCAGUUAAUUGUCAUUGGCACUUUGUUCUUCUCUUUUUUUUUUUUCUCCUCCAGUAUUUUUUAAAUUGCGUGCUAUUGUCACGAGGACUAUAUACAAAUACUCUGGCAUGAUAAACGCUUCUUCUGUUAUACAUUUUUGUGUUGUAAUGAUAAGAUAUAGAAAUGUAUUUGUUUUAGUACAUCAAGUUCUUUUUGAUUUUUCCUAUCAAAAAGACUUGCUGUAACCCAACUGUUUGUAUCAGCCGGACUACGCCGGAACCAUAGAAUUGGAAUCAUGAUUCUAAUCCUAUGGCUGGAAACUCUGCUUUGUCUGGACUGCUUGUUACUGACAAAUCAACUUAGUUUUUUUGACAUUGUUUUCAUGGAAAUCUGUUUGUUUACCCCUCUCAAAAUAUGAAGUUGUUGUGAACAAGUAACAGAAUUGUAUAAGAAAAAUAACAAUUUUACCUAUGAAGACAAUUGGAAAAGUUGCAAUUUGUUUUGUAUUUAAAUUUUUCAUUCACACUCCCAUGAAAGAAUUGUUGGACUGAUCAUUUUUGAAAUUGUCAUUAUUGUACUGUACAUAUCUGUACUAGGCUAUAUGAAUAUAUUUACUUUUCCAUGCAUGUCUAAGUGAAACUACUAUGAACACUUACCGUGCUGCAGCUUUAAUUAAACAAAUAACUUAAUGGAUAUCAAACGUUUCUGUAAUAUUUGAUUCAGACAAUUUAACAAUAGAUUCUCUUAAUUCAUUUCAAUCUCAAUUUAAAGGGGUUUAUUGGCAUGGGAAACAUAUGUUUACAUUGCCAAAGCAAGUGAAAUAAACAAUAAACAUCACUCACAAGGUCAAAAGGGUUUAGAGAUGUUUUGAAUGUUAUUGUCUAUAUAGUGUUGUAAUGAUGUGCAAAUAGUUUAAGUACAAAGGGGAAAAUAAAUAUGGGUUGUAUUUACAA